AUGAGUGGAAAUCUGAAUGUUUCGAAGAUCAUAGAUUCUAUCAAGGGAAAAAUCGAAGCAUGUAUUCAAAAGUACAUGAGUAUGGAACAAACUAUGACAUAUUUACAUGAAAAUCACCAGAUUUAUCCACCUCUGGUUACAGCAAUUUGGGAACGUCUUCAAAGAGACAAUCCAGAUUUCUUCAAAGAAUACAACAAACGAUGCGAAGUGGCUCGUCAAAUAGCUACAUUCAACGAUUUGCUUGCUCAGCAAGUAUACCUGAUGCAGAAAUUUAGAGAAAUUGAGCUUAGUACUACUGCACCAGUAACACAAUUGCAGAAACCUAAUUGUCAACUUCACCAUCAUGAUCAACUUAAUCAUCAUCAUCAAGAUCAAAUUCAUGAUCAGUGGAUUGCACAGUUGCAGAAACCUAAUCGUCAACUUCACCAUCAUGAUCAACUUAAUCAUCAUCAUGAUCAAGAUCAAAUGCAUGAUCAGUGGAUUGAAUCUACUGAUUAUACUUAUACAGAGAAGUUAAUCUCUCCUCUCAUCGAUCCGUCAUUAAUUGCUGCACCACCACAAUCAGAACCUUAUGCAUAUAGUUUUGGAUACUGUAAUGAUUUUGAAGGUCUGAGUUUUGAGAAUUUUGCUAGAGAUUUAGAUCAGCAACCACAAAAUCUUCUAAUGGAACGACAAGAAUUGUACUAUCCUCAAGAAGAUCAAUUUGCAACAUUCCUUCUGCCAAAACAGCUUCCAGAAUAUGAGACUUGGAACAAUCUUGAUUUUGGUAAUGGAUCGACCAACAACAACGGCUCAGAUCCGACAUAUGAUCUGCGAAAGUAA